CUAGGCUUCUUUUAAAGGCGACUAGGUUUUGCUGGGGGAAGGUUUCUGUUCUUUCUGUCAUAUCGUUGCAUUUUUUAUGUGGCUCUGCAUUUCUCAGAUAGAUCAUUGUUAAGCUAGCUUGAUUUUUGAUAUUGGAAAGCAUAAAUGGCGAAGAAGAAGAAUCCUCUGGUUUUUAUGGAUGUUUCAAUCGAUGGUGAUCCUGUUGAAAGAAUGGUUUUUGAGCUGUUUGCUGAUGUUGCUCCUAAGACUGCAGAAAAUUUUCGAGCACUUUGUACAGGGGAAAAAGGAAUUGGUCUAAAAACUGGGAAACCACUGCACUAUAAAGGGUCCUUCUUUCAUCGCAUCAUUAAAGGUUCCAUGGCUGAGGGUGGUGAUUUUGUAAAACGAGAUGGGACUAGUGGCGAAAGCAUUUUUGAGGGAAAUUUUCCAGAUGAGUCACCCAGGCUAAAACAUGAUGGACCUGGUCUCUUAUCUAUGUCUGUUGCUGACCGCGACUCAUUGGGAUCUCAUUUUAUCAUCACCUUUAAGGCUAAUCAUAAUCUUGACAGGAAAUAUGUAGUCUUUGGGGAGCUUGUGCAGGGGAAAGAGGUAUUGAAAAAAAUUGAAAAUGCUGGUGAUGAAGAAGGGAGGCCAACUGUAACAGUGAAGAUAAUCAAUUGUGGUGAAUUUGGUGAUGAUAAAAAGAAAGGAAACAAACUGAAGAUGGCGAAGGAUGCUUCCUUGGAUGAUAACAAUUAUGAAGUGAGGAGGAAGGGAAAGCACAAGAAAUCUUCUAGAGACAAGAGGAAGAAGCGGAGAAGAUACUAUUCCUCUGAUUCAGAGAGUUCCUCAGAUUCUGAGAUGGAAUCGUCUGAUUCUGAUAGCGAUUCUGAUUCAUAUUUAUCCUCCUCAUCUGACAUUAGUUCUUCAAGUGAUGACAGGCGUAAAAAAAGAAAGAGAUCUUCUAAACGGGAAAAAAAUAGACGUGGAAAACGAAGAGAUAGACGGCGUGACAAGAAGCGGAAGAGGCGUGAUAAGAGAUCCAAACACAGAUCAAGAAGGUCAUCGGAUAGUAUUACAGAUACUGGAAGUGAUAGUAAAAGUGAUACUAGCAGUGAAGAUGAUGAUCUUGAUGUUCAAGCUAAAGAUCGAAAACGGAAAGACCCUACUCAGAAAGCUGUUGGUAAUAAGUCUGCUUUGCUUGUGGAAAAAGAAGCUGCUUCCUUCCGGCUGAAAAAGAGGGAGGAUGACAUGUUUGAAAAAGAGGGUGAAGAAACUCCCAAGGAAAAUGGUGAUCAGCGGAGCAAUGGCAUUGGAGCAGAUGCUAAAUCUUACAGAAUUACAGAUAGACAACCUGAUGUGGUAGAUGAUCACCCAGGCAAAUCUAGGAGCCGAAGCAUGAGUCCUAGGAGGACCAUGAGUAAGAGUAUGAGUAUUAGUCCCAGGAGGAGUCUGAGCAGGAGCCGUAGUAUUAGUCCUAAUCGUAGUAUGGGUAGGACUCCCAGUGUGAGUAGAAGCCCACCUCAGCAGAGGAGAAGUAUCAGCAAAAGUCCUCCUCGAAGCAGCAGCAGUAGGAGCCCAUUGAGGAGUAGAAAAGAAAGGAGCAUCAGUGAGAGCCCAGUGAGAGCUCAGUCUCGAAGAAGCUUGAGUAGGAGCCCUGUGAGGUCCCUGUCCCGAAGAACUCAAAGCAGGAGCCCUCGGAGAACAUUAUUGCGAAAAUCAAUUAGCAAAAGCCCCAUAAGAGUUACCAAAAGAAGCAUAAGCAGAAGCCCAGUUCAAUCUUCUCAGAGAAGUGUGAGCAGAAGUCCUGUUCGAUUUUCUCAGAAAAGUAUAAGCAGAAGCCCUAUUCGAUCUUCUCAUAGAAGCUUAAGCAGAAGCCUAAUUCGGUCUUCUCAGAGAAGCAUUAGCAGAAGUCCAAUUCGAUCUUUGCGGAGAAGCAUUAGCAGAAGCCCAGUUCGGUCCUCUCGGAGAAGCAUUAGCAGAAGCCCAGUUCGAUCCUCUAGGAGAAGCAUUAGCAGAAGCCCUGUUCGAUCUUCUCGGAGAAGCAUUAGCAGAAGCCCAGUUCGAUCCUCUAGGAGAAGCAUUAGCAGAAGCCCUGUUCGAUCUUCUCGGAGAAGCAUAAGCAGAAGCUCGGGCAGGGCUGCUUCUAGGAGAAGUAUUAGUCGAAGCCCCAUUAGGGCUCCAAGCAGGACUAACCGUCGCACUUACUCUAGAAGCCCUAGUCCUGUACGUAGGGCAAGGUCUCCUCCUUUUGUUCGAAGAAGUUUGUCCAGGAGUGUUUCCCCUGAUGGGUCGCCCAAGCGCAUCAGAAGGGGCAGGGGUUUCAGUCAGCGUUACUCGUAUGCUCGACGAUAUCGAACCCCUUCACCUGAUCGUUCUCCAGUCAGGUCUUACCGUUAUGGUGGUAGAGGUGACCGCGACAGGUAUUCAAGUUACAGAAGGUUCUCACCUAGGCGAUUUAGAAGUCCUCCAAGAGGAAGAACUCCGCCCAGAUACAGAGGCAGGAGAAGCCGGAGCCGUAGUCUAUCUGUAUCACGUAGCCCUCGCUACCGAAGCCGUCGCUAUAGCCGUAGCCCCAUCAAGAGCCGUUCCCCAGUUGAGGUGUAUAGAUCUCGUUUGUCUCCACGGAAUGAGAGGAGGAGGUCACCAUCUCGAAGUAGGAGUCCCUCAGAAUCACGGUCUUCACUUGACUCUGAGUCGCCAAAGCGAAGUAGCAAAGCAAGGUCAAGAUCUUCAUCUGAUAGCCCAGAUGGGAAGAAGGGUCUGGUUUCAUAUGAAGAUGGUUCUCCAGAUUCAGGGCGGUGAAUUUAUUUAUAGUUGUCGAUACCAACGAGCUAAUCAGUAUUUAUCAUGGUGUUGAGGUGGCUUGUGACUUUUUGAAGUCUUAUUGACUUCUAAAUGCCGGUUAGGCAUAUAAUGCUUGAAGAGUUGAAUUUUUAGCUGAUGCUGAUGGAAUAUGUAGUUUGGUUUAGUUUCACAUUUGGUGUGUUGUUAAGAAUAUAUAUAUAUUUG